AUCUACUCUUCUUCUCAAGACAUACCUCCAGGCUAGGAUCCCUCAACCUCGACCUCGACCUUGACCUUGACCUCGACCUCGAGCUGGAGCUGGGGCUGGAGCUGGAGCUGGAGUGAUGCCUCGUCUUUUGUCCGGGGCCUUGUUCGCCCGCCGCGAUCCGCGACUCCUCAAGGUGCCACCGUACUUGUCGCUCCUGUGCAUCGUCGUCGGCGUCGCGUGGCUGUUCAUGCUCCCGCUGGACGACUACUCGCGCCGCACCUACAUAUCCGAGAACGCACUGCUGCCCGGCCAGGUCCAUACCUACUUUGGCGGGAGCGACCAAAAUGUCUUCCGGGCCUACAGGCACGAGAUCACCGCCCUCGAGAAUACCACCAAUGCCGAGGUCAACGACAAGCUGGAGAGCAUCUUCAGGGGCAUCGGGCUCAAGGUCGGCCGCCAGAACUACACCUACCAUUCCGCCGGCGACACCUACGCUGGUGAAAACAUUUACGCCAUUCUGCAGGCGCCCAGGGGCGACGCCACCGAGGCCAUUGUCCUCAUCGCCGCUUGGAAGAAUGUCAAGCACGAGUUCAACCGCAACGGCCUCGCCCUCGCCCUCGCCCUGACCAGAUACUUCAAGCGCUGGUCGUUGUGGUCCAAGGAUAUCAUACUCGUCGUGCCCCCGGACAGCCGCGCAGGGACACAGGCUUGGGUCGACGCCUACCAUGAUGGACACGAUGCUUCCAACGUUGCCUCCCUGCCCAUCAAGUCAGGUGCUCUGCAGGGCGCAGUUGCCAUUGACUACCCGCAAGAGGGCCGCUUCGAGGGUGUACACAUAGUAUACGAUGGUGUCAACGGCCAGCUGCCCAACCUGGAUCUGAUCAACUCCGUUGUCAAUAUUGCCAGUGGGCAGAUGGGCAUGCAUUCGGCGAUCCAGGAGAUGUGGCACCAUUCCGACAAAUACCCCGACCGCCUCAAGACCAUAUUGCGCGGAAUGCUCAACCAGGGCCUGGGACAUGCCGUUGGCCCCCAUAGCUCCUUCAUCCCCUAUCAUGUCGACGCCAUCACUAUUCAGCCCAUCGGUAAUGGCUGGCAUGAUGAGAUGGGAUUGGGACGCCUGGUGGAGGGCACCUUCAGAAGCUUGAACAACCUCCUCGAAAAGCUGCAUCAGAGCUUCUUCUUUUAUCUGCUUAUGCACAAGGAGAGGUUCGUCAGUAUUGGUACAUACCUGCCCUGCGCCAUGCUGAUUGCCGCCAACUUCACCAUCAUGGCCAUCUAUCUCUGGAUCAAGAGCGGGUACACGGACAGGGCAUCUACAUCAAAAGGGCCGACGAGCACGCCCACCCCCCAAGCGAGCGUCAGAGCGGCGGACGCGAAAGUCGACGUGGAUACAGCGACCGUUGAAACAACCGAGAGAGAUGUCGUCUUCCCCCUCAGCGUGGUCGCCGCUUCUCAGUUCCUCGGCUUCGUACCCCUCUUCGUGUUCAGUCAUGCGCCUGCAAGCUUCCUUUCACCCUUGUUCUUCGUCUUUACCGCCGUCUCAGCCGCUGCUCCAUUUGUCGGAUCCUACCUCCUGACCACGCAGUUGAGACCCACAGCCCAGCACUACCAGCUCCUCUCGUCCUUCUCUCUGCUCUUUUUGGGCAUGUUCCUGUCUGCCCUUGCAACUCUGAACUUCUCGCUGGCGUUCCUGGUAGGCCUGCUUGCAACACCCCUCUCGUUUGCGCGGCCGUUCCGGAACCCCAUUCUGAAAACCAGCUACACGGCUUUGUUGGCUCUCCUUAACCCCGGCGUCGUGAUUAGCACUGCGGCCAUCGUCUCUGGCGUCGGGGUGGAUUUUGUGUCGAGAGAAGCCGCCUUUGGCUGGGACGUUUGGGGCAUGUACACGCCACUGGUAGUCUGGUGUGUCUGGUGGCCUGCCUGGAUCAUGGGAAGUGUAGUUGUGCUUGGCAGGGUAGAGUCUCCCAAGGCCAAAAGCGCUUGACAUGGCCUGUUCGAUGGGGAAAGUAAGAAAGCGUAAUAGCUAGAAAUCCGCCAAAUCCCUUUUUAAAUCUAGAGAUGGCAGACAGCAUAUCAAGUCCCCACAAUAGAACUGUGACCGCGUGGUUUGUAACAUUUUGCUACCUGCUUCCUCGUUCGUCUUGUCGGCUCUCAGUCCAUCCUGGGCGCUUUGCUUACAGUUCAUGUCACGGGAGCACUUGGUAUUGGACAAAACGCUGGCGAGCCAUUGUUUCCUGCAGUACGCAAUG